AUGAUUUUCAUUGCAGUAGCAGCGCAGUAUGGAGAUGGUAAUUUGCGACUGGUCGGCGGCUCCUAUCAGUGGGAGGGACGAGUGGAAGUAUUCUUCAACAGAUCAUGGGGCACUAUCACAGACUUUGACUGGACCAGUGAAGACGUACAGGCUGUCUGCCGCACAUUGGGAUACUUUAGACCUGGAGCAUCAGGAUACGUUGGAGCCUAUUAUGGACAAGGGAAAGGUCCAAUACACUUUGACUGUAUCAAAUGCUCUGGCGUGGAAUACAACGUGACUGACUGUGAGACAGGGACAGGAACAAGACAGAGCAGCCAUGACGAGGAUGUGGGAGUCAAAUGCAACACAGUUGAUGAAAACUAUCAACCUGGGGACAUUCGUCUCGUUGGAGGACAGCACAACUGGGAGGGUAGAGUGGAAAUUCUGUGGAAUGGUGAAUGGGGAACAAUAAGCACAGAUGACUGGGACACUGUGGAAGCUGAAGUGGUGUGCAGACAACUAGGGCUGGCACAGGAAGGAGCAACUCCUGUAGGUUGUUGUGACCCCUAUGGAAAUGGCACUGGACCCAUCCACUUCACUGCCAUUGAGUGUGUCGGAUCAGAAGACAACAUUGUAUCAUGUCCACAUUCCACCGAACCCUUAGCGAACCACGAGGAUGAUGUUGGAGUCAAGUGUAGACAAGGUCCUGACUACAAAAGUGGAGAUAUUCGUCUGGUGGGAGGAUCUUAUAGCUGGAAGGGGAGAGUGGAGAUAUACCUCUAUGGAGAAUGGGGAACUAUUUCCUAUGGCAAUAGUGAUUCACUCGAUGCUUUUGUAGUUUGCCGACAACUUGGCUAUGACACUCGAUAUGGUUAUACUGACACUUCCCACACCAGUUAUCGUGACUUUGGAAUGGGGAGUGGGCCAAUCCACCUCAAUUACCUUCGUUGCUACGGUACUGAGUACAGGCUAGUGGAGUGUCCGAGUCAAUCCAGCACCUGGCAGCACUACAGCGACUGGGGCAUUACUUGCAGAAACGAGAAUCCGGAAGAAGGCAGUAUACUGCUGUACUACAAUGCUCGUAACACUGACUACUACCAAGGGUUGCUUCAUGUAUGGCUGAACGAUCAGUGGGGUACAGUGUCACGAGACUCAUGGACUGACGAAAACUUAGACACUGUUUGUCGUCAACUUGGAAAGGACGGUGUUGAAAGCUAUUCAACUUAUUACAAUUACUAUGAUGACCUCCCUGUCAUCAUGAGCAAUGUUACCUGCGAUGGAACCGAGUCGAGACUAACAGACUGUUACUACACUGAUGUUAGUAUUACGGAUGAAUAUUAUCGUCCUGUUAGCCUGGAAUGCACAGAUGAGGAAUCUUGCAACUAUGGAAACACGAGACUGACUGGUGGCAGUACGGAACUGGAGGGGAGAGUUGAAAUGUGUAACUCUCGCUCCAUGUGGGGUACUGUGUGUGGUAACCAGUGGACUGAGGCUCAGUCGAGAGUUGUGUGCCGCUCUCUCGGCUACAGUGACGAGGAAGAGGCAUCCGAAAUCUUCUACAAGUUUGAUGAAGAGCCAAACAAUUUUCCUAUUGCUGUGGAUUAUGUCAAGUGUCAAGGCUCAGAGAAUUCACUGAAGGAUUGCGUCCACUUCAGCCACAGCUACUCAGAGUGUGGUCAUAGCGAUGAUGUGGGAGUCCGCUGUCAACCAGGUGUCACUUCUGCACACUAUGGUAAAGGAGCAGGGCUGAUUCAAAUGACUGCAAAUUGUAGUGGCUCAGAAUCUGAUAUUACUGAAUGUUCCCUUGCAACAUCCACCUCUGCACAUCAUGAGAAUGAUGUGGGAGUUAACUGUGGAAAAGGUGCUGACUACAAAAAUGGAGACAUUCGUCUGGUGGGAGGUUCCUACAUCUGGGAGGGGAGAGUGCAGAUGUACAUCAGUGGAGAAUGGGGAACGUUCUCACAGAGUUCUGCUGAUGCAGUCGAUGCUCUGGUAGCUUGCCGACAACUUGGAUAUGACACACGACAUGGUUACACGGCUGAGAAUGGUGGUUAUGAUUACCAUUUUGAAACGGAAGGCGGAGAAAGGCACCCAAACUACCUGCACUGUACUGGUGUAGAGUACAGACUACUGGAGUGUGAGAGCGGUUUCUGGAGCUGGGGGCACUACUACGACUGGGGAAUAUUUUGCAAAAACGAUGUACCUGAAGAAGGAGCGGUAAAAUUGUAUUAUUAUUCCCACUACCCUGAUUUUCACAUGGGCCUCCUUAAUGUGUGGCUGAAUGGCCAGUGGGGAACAGUCUCAGACAAAAAAUGGACAACUGAGAAUGCACUGACGGUUUGUCAUCAGCUUGGAAGAAACGGUGCUGAAAUUGAAGCUGAUUAUUUUGAUGUGACGUAUGCUCUCCCUAUUAUAAUGAGCAAUGUUAGCUGUUUGGGGAUCGAAGAGAAGCUGAUAGACUGUGUUUAUGAACCUGGAGACUAUCGGUUUCCUCUUGUUAGUGUGGCAUGUUCACCUGAAGCAUCUUGCAACUAUGGAGACACCAGACUGACUGGUGGCAGUACGGAGCUGGAGGGAAGAGUUGAAAUGUGUAACUCUCGCUCCAUGUGGGGUACUGUGUGUGGCAACCAGUGGACUGAGGCAAACUCCAGAGUUGUGUGCCGCUCUUUAGGUUUUGACGAUGAUGAAGGGCCGUAUCAAGUGACUCCACGUCUUUGGAGGAGAUCCUAACAUUCCUGUUGUUGUGGAUUACGUCAGGUGUCAAGGCUCAGAGAACUGGCUGAGGGAGUGCCUUCAAUUCAGUCACAGCUUUUCAGAGUGUGAUCACGAUGACGACAUAGGAAUCCGUUGUAAACCAGCACAGUGUGAGGAUGGGGAUGUAAAGUUACUACAAAUUCAUGAAGGAGUACGAGUAGCACAAGAGAGAAUAGGAGUUGUUCUGGUGUGCUCUAAUAAGAGAUGGGGCACCAUUUGCCGCAGCAACACACAAGCUAACCUACGCACUGUGUGCGGGCAGCUGGGGUAUAGUGGCGGAUUCAUAUACUACUACUACUACUACUACUACAAUAGUAAUAGGGUUUAGUAGACUGCCAGUGCGUCUUGCAUCUUUAACCUGUCCUGACGAACAGAGUCGCAUUUUUGACUGCCCUUACCGUGAAAGCAACAACUCGCAAACAUGUUCUGAUCUCUUCAGUGUUUAUUGCUAUCCAGCAUACUGUGUGGAUGGGCAAGUGAGACUGGUGGAUGGAGCCACGGAUGUGGAGGGGAGGGUUGAGAUUUGCUUCAGUAGGAGAUGGGGGACCAUCAGUGGUGAUGGGUGGACUCAGACAGAGUCCACUGUCGUCUGUAAUGACCUCGGAUAUGAACCAUCAGAUGGCAAUGACUAUUCAGUGAGGCCAGCCACAAACUCAAUGCCAGUGUUCAUAAAGAGCGUCAGAUGUAUUGGUAAAGAGAUGAGUCUUUUGGAGUGUGGCUAUAGAAGAAAUCUUACUCAUAGCAGCCACUUUGAAGAUGUUGGGGUUCAGUGCAAAAAACCUGACUGUGCUGAUGGGGAUCUAAAGGUGCUAGGUGGUGGCUCAAACAAACAUGGAGCGUUGCAAGUGUGUUUUGACCAGAGAUGGGGAACAGUAAAUGGAGAUGGAUGGACAGCCGUAGACACUCAAGUUGCUUGUAGACAACUUGGGUUCAACAGCACUGGGAGGCAUUACAAGACUACAGCGACAUAUGCUCUCUCCACUCCCAUAUACAUGGACAACGUUGGCUGCCAUGGAACUGAAGCUAAACUCACUGACUGUGCCUAUCACAGAGACACCAGUGAAGAUCGUCACUCUGGAGACAUUUGGAUUGAGUGUGACCCUGCUAGCGAUCCUGGGCCUGAAGUCGAAAGUGAUGAUUCAAAAAGUGGUAGAGGAAAUAACGACACGUUGGAGAAGGGAUCACAAGAUGGACUUGCCGUUGCUUUGGUAGCUCUUAUUAUUUCCCUCCUGGUGACAUUUGCUCUUGUUGGGUAUAUAAUAUUCAUCAAAAAAGGACUAUUCAAGCACAUAUGGAUCCACUAUCACAAAUCUUCCCGUGGCAAAGAUGAUGCAAGUGUUAUGAUAGACGAUGAUGAGUCUGAUUCACGAGUAUAUGUGGAGUCUGAAAUAACACACAGUUAAUGAAAGAUCAACAGCUGAACAUGGAUAUAUUAUAGCUAAUACAGCAUGAGUGACUGCGUGUGAUUGUCGUUAUAGUUAGACGAUAUAUAUAGCGAAAUCGUAUCUUUGCUAAACAU